GUCUCGCACACUUGCACCGGUCGCUCGCGCGCAGCCCGGCGUCGCCCCACGCCGCGCUCGCUCCUCCCUCCCUCCUCCCGCUCCGUGGCUCCCGCGCUCCUGGCGAGGCUCAGGCGCGGAGCGCGCGGACGGGCGCACCGACAGACGGCCCCGGGGACGCCUCGGCUCGCGCCUCCCGGGCGGGCUAUGUUGAUUGCCCCGCCGGGGCCGGCCCGCGGGAUCAGCACAGCCCGGCCCGCGGCCCCGGCGGCCAAUCGGGACUAUGAACCGGAAAGCGCGGCGCUGCCUGGGCCACCUCUUUCUCAGCCUGGGCAUGGUCUACCUCCGGAUCGGUGGCUUCUCCUCAGUGGUAGCUCUGGGCGCAAGCAUCAUCUGUAACAAGAUCCCAGGCCUGGCUCCCAGACAGCGGGCGAUCUGCCAGAGCCGGCCCGACGCCAUCAUCGUCAUAGGAGAAGGCUCACAAAUGGGCCUGGACGAGUGUCAGUUUCAGUUCCGCAAUGGCCGCUGGAACUGCUCUGCACUGGGAGAGCGCACAGUCUUCGGGAAGGAGCUCAAAGUGGGGAGCCGGGAGGCUGCAUUCACCUACGCCAUCAUUGCCGCUGGCGUGGCCCACGCCAUCACAGCUGCCUGUACCCAGGGCAACCUGAGCGACUGCGGCUGCGACAAAGAGAAGCAAGGCCAGUACCACCGGGACGAGGGCUGGAAGUGGGGUGGCUGCUCUGCCGACAUCCGCUACGGCAUCGGCUUCGCCAAGGUCUUUGUGGAUGCCCGGGAGAUCAAGCAGAAUGCCCGGACUCUCAUGAACUUGCACAACAACGAGGCAGGCCGAAAGAUCCUGGAGGAGAACAUGAAGCUGGAAUGUAAGUGCCACGGCGUGUCAGGCUCGUGCACCACCAAGACGUGCUGGACCACACUGCCACAGUUUCGGGAGCUGGGCUACGUGCUCAAGGACAAGUACAACGAGGCCGUUCACGUGGAGCCUGUGCGUGCCAGCCGCAACAAGCGGCCCACCUUCCUGAAGAUCAAGAAGCCACUGUCGUACCGCAAGCCCAUGGACACGGACCUGGUGUACAUCGAGAAGUCGCCCAACUACUGCGAGGAGGACCCGGUGACCGGCAGUGUGGGCACCCAGGGCCGCGCCUGCAACAAGACGGCUCCCCAGGCCAGCGGCUGUGACCUCAUGUGCUGUGGGCGUGGCUACAACACCCACCAGUACGCCCGCGUGUGGCAGUGCAACUGUAAGUUCCACUGGUGCUGCUAUGUCAAGUGCAACACGUGCAGCGAGCGCACGGAGAUGUACACGUGCAAGUGAGCCCCGUGUGCACACCACCCUCCCGCUGCAAGUCAGGUUGCUGGGAGGACUGGACCGUUUCCAAGCUGCGGGCUCCCUGGCAGGUCACUGCCUGGAUCUUCACAGGGAACCGCAGGAAUGCUGAGCUUGUCUUUUCUGCUGAGGAGGGUACUUUUCCUGGGUUUCCUGCAGGCAUCUGUGGGGGAAAAAAAUCUCUCAGAGCCCUCAACUAUUCUGUUCCACACCCAAUGCUGCUCCACCCUCCCCCAGACACAGCCCAGGUCCCUCCGCGGCUGGAGCGAAGCCUUUUGCAGCAGGAACUCUGGACCCCUGGGCCUCAUCAUAGCAAUAUUUAACAAUUUAUUCUGAUAAAAAUAAUAUUAAUUUAUUUAAUUAAAAAGAAUUCUUCCACCUCGUCGGGAUCCGUUUUCUGCAAUCAAAGUGGACUGCUUGCUUUCCUAGCAGGAUGAUUUUGUUGCUAGGACAAGGAGCCGUGUAGAAGUGUACAUAACUAUCCUUUAUGCAGAUAUUUCUACUAGUUGAUUUUGCAGGUACCCACCUUGCAGCACUAGAUGUUUAAGUAUAAGAGGAGACAUCUUUUAUACAUAUAUAGAUAUAUACACACACACAUUUAUAUUUUUUUUGCUGUUUGCUGCUACUUAUCCAGAAAUUUAAGCUGGUCCAGAUUUGGAGACGUUUUUCCAGAGUAUGUUUUCCAUCCUUUUGCCCUUCCCAGUUCAAACUUCACCAUUAGAAAAAUCCAGCUUGGAAUACAUAGAGAGGAAAAAUAAUAAAUUCCCAGCAGUUUCCAUCUUUCGGAAAGUGAGCCACCGGAUAAGAGAGAAUAUUUUGUAAGAGACUAUUUUUAUAUGAAUAUUUUAUUUAUAUCGAGUCUGCUGUAUCAUUCCACGGCCUGUGCUUCUUCUUAAUUCUGGUACUCACUUAGGGGUAAGGAGGGGUGAUGCCUGGUUGUGGCGUCAGGCCCCACGGGGCCCCUUGCACAGCUGGAUUCUUGAGUUCUGUUUGCCAAGUGGGCACAAGCUGCCCCUGGAUGCCUGGGGUUGAGGCAUCAUCUCAUCCAUGUUAGCCGGGAAAGAAAUCAAAUCCCCAGCCUCAGCCUGUUAAGCUCAGGCCUUUCAAGCAGGGCCACUGAGUGGUGGCCUCGAAAUGAAUCACUGUGGUGGGUGGUCAUCAUGCCCCUCACAGGGACUUGACCGUCAUCCUGCAGCAGAGGCCAGUUCAGGGAGCCCCACACCUCACCAAGACACUAGCCAUUGCCUGCGUGUCCUGGAAGGUGAGAUGCAGUCCUCAGGUGAGGGGACCCAAAGCAGAUGGGGUGAGGGGCCGAUGAGCAGCCGGGCCCAGCGGGGCUUCCUGGAUAUCCUGCUCCCAAGGCCAAGCAGCAGAGAGAGGUUCAAGUGAGGCCACUUUGCUUUGGGUCCAGCUACACCCAGAGCCUCAGCCUAGAAAGCUGUCCUCCAGCAGGCUGGGGGUGUUCCAAUAUGUGUCCGUUUGCAUUUCCGGGGUGUGUGUGUGUGUGUGUACUGUAUCUUCUUAGGGACUUUAGUGUAGUCACGUGACUUUGCGCCUUGCAGCGCCUCCGCCGUACUCGUGUGUGUAUGUGUCUGUGUGUUUCCAUGCUACCCAAGCGCCUGUUUCUCUCCAUGUGCCUGGGAGAUCAGGUCUCAGGCAUGGAGCUGCAUGCCUUUGCAUCUGCUGCUCCCCAGAGUCUCUGCUUGCAUGUGAGGCCUGGUGGUAUGAGGCAGACAGCAGAGAUUGUGUGUGAUUGUGUUGAACCACCAAGAGAAGGCACCUCUGAACUCUGUCCCCACACCCAUGGGUGAAAACCAGACACCUCUGAGACCACAGCACAUCCCCAUGGCCCCACCUGCUGGGAGCCCCUCAGUAUCUAGGCUGUGUCUGACUCCUCAGCGUCCACACUGAGCCUGGAUCACAGCAUGGGCAAAUAAAAGUGACUGGAUGGUUGCAUGGUUUCUUCCCUUGGACCUUUUUUUCCAUUUUUCUUUUACUUGGGUGUCUGGAGGAGUGGGCAUGUGAAGGGGCCAUGGAGUGAAUGGAUGGAGGGAUGGAUGAAUGUGUGAGUAGGUAGGUAGGUGAAUGGGUAGAUGUGUGGAUGGAUAAGUAGGUGGGUGGGUGAAUGGAUAAAUGGAUGGAUGGGUAGAUGGAUGGAUGAAGGGAUAAACAGAUGGGUGGAUGGAUUGAUAAGCGAGUGGAUGAAUGGAUGAAUAGCUAGGAAAGUGGGUGGGUGGAUGAGGUAGGUACACCUACAGAUAGGUAAGAGAGCAGUUUCUUGGGAGUCCACAGGUCACAUUUUAUCUUUGCUUUGGAAAACCUACCAGAUCUGCCAUGAGUAGGAUGGCUUCCCAACCUUGCAACCCUUCUGCUUCUGGCCUCCUUGGCACCUGGGAAUGGGGAAGAUUCUGACCAGCCUCCCCAGAUGAGUGUUCAAUGAUAGUUACAUAAACACAGUCUCAGAAGAGUCAUCCCUGUGUCCUCCCUCACUGUGGGUUCCCAGCUCUGGGGCCUGCCCUCUCUCUGGUGCCCUGUUCAGCUGUGCUCUGAGCCCCAGUUUCUCCACCUGUGAAAUCAGAAUAAUAACACCUACCUCACAGGGCUGUUGUGAGGAUCCUCCCAGUAAUGACUGUAUGGCACUUUGAGUUGCAAAGCAAUGGAUGAAUGCUAAAUAUUAUUAUUAAUUAUUAUUAUCACUAUUCUCUCCACAACUAUGGGAUUCUUCAAACAUGGCUUGUGGUAAUAAAUAUUUGGUUCUGCGUUGGGCAGAGGUAUC